AGGCUAGCGGGGUCCCAAGGUCACGCCGGCGUCUGUGAGUUUUCGUCUUUUUGAGUUUAAACCUGAGCGUCUCAGUCCACAGUCCUAUACGCCUGGAGUCUUGGGGUUGCUACGGACGUUAACAUUCCUGCACCCGUGCCUCUUACCUUCGGAUUGACGUCUCAGGACUCACCUUGCCUGAGAGAGAAACCCUGAAGAGGAAGAAGAGGAAAAGGACAAGGAGUCAGGAAUGACUCUUUCUCAGGCACUGUUGACAUUCAGGGAUGUGGCCAUAGAGUUCUCUCAGGAGGAGUGGGAAUGCCUGAACCCUGCUCAGAGGGCCUUGUACAGGGACGUGAUGUUGGAGAACUACAGGAACCUGGUCUCCCUGGAUAUGUCUACCAGAUGUAUGAUCAAAGAAUUAUCACCAAAAGAGGACAUUAAUAAUGGAGACUUAUUUCAGACAUUGGUUUUUGAAAGACUUGUAAGUCAUGAUUUUGAUGAUUUUGAUUUCAGUGAAGUCCAGCAAAAUAUGCACAAGUUUGCGAAUCAGUGGGAAUAUGAAGAAAAAAGUUACAAAGGAGUGACUACAGCCCCUUGCAAAAAUCUCACUGGUAGUAGAGAUCAACAACAUCAUAAAUCCUGGAAUAAUUUUCCUUUAAAGCAGAAUGUUUCUGUAAGAAGUAUGUCUCAAUAUUACAAAUAUUACAAGUCAUAUAUGAGGAAUAAGGAACUAAAAAGUAACGUAGGCUAUUCAGGAAACAAGUUUUUGAAAUGUUUGGAAAAUAGGCUUGGAUUAAGCCUUCAUUCACAUUUGGCUGAACUGCAGAUUUUUCAAACUGAGGAGAAAAUUUAUGAAUGUAAUCAAGUUGAGAAGUCUAUGAAAAACUGUUCCUCAGUUUCACCACUUCAAAUAAUUCCUCCUAGUGUCAAAACCAACAUUUGUAAUAAAAAUGGGAAGGUUUUAACGCAUCCUUCAUUGCUUACACAACACCAGAAAACACAUAUUAGAGAAAAGCCCUACAAAUGUAAUGACUGUGGGAAGGCUUUUAGCCAUUGCUCAGUCUUAGCUAAUCAUCAAAGAAUUCAUUCUGAACAGAGACCUUACAAAUGUAGUGAGUGUGGCAAAACCUUUAACAGAUUCUCAAACCUCACAAGGCAUCAGAGAAUUCAUACUGGGGAGAAACCAUAUAAAUGUAAUGUAUGUGGUAAGGACUUUAUGAUACGUUCACACCUUUGGGGUCAUGCGCGAAUUCAUACUGGAGAGAAACCUUACAAAUGUAAUGAGUGUGGCAAAGCGUUUUCUGAGCAUUCAAAUCUUGCUCAACAUAAGAGAAUCCAUACUGGAGAGAAACCUUAUAAAUGUAACGAGUGUGGUAAGGAUUUCACCACACGUUCACACCUUUGGGGCCAUGAGAGGAUCCAUACUGGAGAGAAACCAUACAAAUGUCAUGAGUGUGGCAAAGCUUUCACUGGGAGUUCAAACCUUACUCAACAUAAGAAAGUUCAUACUGGAGAGAAACCAUAUAAGUGUCAUGUAUGUGGCAAGGCCUUCAGUCAGAAUUCAAGCCUUACAGUUCAUCAGAGAAUUCAUACUGGAGAGAAACCUUACAAGUGUCAUGAGUGUGGCAAAGCCUUUAAGCAGUACUCAAGUCUCAACAGACACCAGAAUAUACAUGGAGUGAAGAUACAGAUGUAAAGUGUGUGGUAAGGUUUUUAUUAAAUGUUCAUAUGUUUGGAGUGAUGAGAGAAUUUAUACUGGAAAGAAACCUUACAAGAGAAUAUAUUAAGGCCUUCAGGAAAUGACCUGGCCUCAGGAUCACCAAAGAUUUCAUAAUGGAGAAAAUGCUUACAAAUAUAAUGAGUGAGGUAAAUUGUUUAAGCAGGUUUCAGAAUGUACUGUGCAUCAGGGAAUUAUUAGUAGGGAAAACUAAGUCUAGUCCUUCUUGAAGAUUAGUCAAAUCAUGUUACACUCUGCAGAGUAAUUAAAAGUUAAAAUCAUUUAAAAUUCAUGAGAUGGUGGCAUGGGGGGUCAAAGGAUCAAGGAUGUGUGGAAAGGCCCACUUAUCAAGUUAUGAAAUGUUUUUAUUCUUAGAUUUCUUGGUAAGGCUCUAUUUUUAGUGACUUUCAAUCUGAGGUUCAAAAUCUGUUAAUGGUGUUAUAUUGUCAUCACAGACCUCUCAUGUGCUGCCAUGAUGAAACACACCUGUAAAGGAACUUUUUAAAAAUUUCGGUCCUAAUGUAAAAGGUGAUUUGUUUUAAAUUUUCUUUCCUUUAUUUUUGGUUUUUGUUUUUAAUUUUCAAUUGCACUUGUUCAUUGGUGGUAUAUAUACAUUAACCUUGUAUCCUGCAGCCCUACUGUAGUGUUUUAUUGUACCACACUUUAGGGUAUUAUUGUAUUGUAGGGUAUUUAUUGUAUUGUAGUGUUUUAUGUACCGCACUUUAUGGUAUCAUGAAAUUGUUCAAUUCCAGUGAUAGGUGCCACCCCGUUUUGUUCAUGGCGUAAAGAGCCUCUCUGUUACCAUACUAAUGUUGACGGAGUCUUACAGUCAUUAAAUCCGAAUUGGUCAUGGGCCAGGUUCCUGUUGUUCUGUGUUGCAGUCAGAGCAUCUGCAUUUUAUUAAGAUCUCAAAAGCUUGAUGCAUAAUUGGUAUUGGCAUAUAGAAAAAUCUUUACUCAUAAAUGGAAACUUGUCACGGCCAAAACUACAAAAUAACAUACCACUAAUCUAAAACAUGCUGACAAGUUACGAAAACAACUAUAUAUAGGUCUAGAUUAUUGGAAGAACGUAGCUAACCUUCUUUUUCAGUAUAUCAUGAUGGUUAAAUACUAUACUUUGUUACCAUCUCCACUAAGUUGAAGUCCCCAUAUCUGCUGCUCACCAAUGUGUGAAUUUAGUGAAAUCACGGAACUCCCUGUGCUUAAGUUUUCUUCCUCUUUAGAAUAAAAAUAGUAGUAGUUUCCAUCUCCAAGAUUUGUGAUGAAUGAAGACGUUACUGAGCUUCCUAGCAGUGAUUCUUACAUUGUAAAGGUUUUUCAGAGUUACAUAUUCAACUCUUAGAAGGCUCUUAAUGAAAGUAAAACUUAAGUAAAUAUUUCUCAGUGAGAACUAAUGGUAAGAGGAGAAUAUUGAAUUUCAGUUGAAAUGAUAAACGUAACCAUUGCUUCAGGUUCUCUUGCAGCAUCCCCCAGAAGAAAUAUGUCAGUCAUUGGGAACUAACAGAUCCUCCAGGUUUUUUUGGCAAUAGAAAUGGUCGUCUUAUCACAGACUAUGAUUAGAAUCCUGGAGAAUUUCUCUCUUCUUUACCAUUAUAUCUUGCUUUCCUUCUCUGGGUGAAGGUUAGGGUCCACAGAUUUGAUGGUCAGGCACUUGCUUGUAGCCAACUCCUUUGUCUUCAUCUUUACAGGAAUCUCCAGGACAGUGAUGGCUUUUGGGCAGAAACAUUUUCUCAGCGAUUUUGGUUGCAAAUUUGUUUACUGUGUUCACAGAGUGAUACUGUUCUAUAUUUGUGUAAGAUGUAACUAUCAGAGGAAACUAGGUGAAGGUUCUGAAUGCCUCUACUAUCUUUGUACCUUCCUGUACAUCUGUGAUUAUCUCAAAAUAAAAAGUUAAAAGGGAAUGUGGUUUGCUGUGGCUUUUACAAAAUUCAAAUCCAGCUGUUUGUUGAUAUGAGAAUAAAAGAUAUGAUAAAUGA